AUGGCAGACGAAAAGGUUAUUAGUAAAAUCGAAACUGACACUACUGGUGAUGGUGUUAAUGAACUUGUUCGUAUUGUUAAUAAUCAUCUUAAUCCUGUUUCUUCAAAUGUAAGUUCAACACGUACAUAUACUCCACCAUUAAUGGGUACAUCGGCUCGUGCUGCUAAACGUCGAAUUGAUAGUGAUUCUGGACCAAUACGUAUUGAAGGUACAGAUACAUAUAAUCAACAAUUACAACAUCAUUAUCAAAAUGUUCGACAAAUAUUAGAUGAUCAACAGCAAGAUUUAAAUAUAUCAAAUGUUGAUACAUCAUCUGAGUCUCGACAAUCUUUUAGUGCUAAACGAGAUUUUUUUGAACAACGUUUUAAAACGCCACCACCUACAUAUGAUGCUCCACCACGACAACAACAACCACAACAAAUAAUUACAACAAUUACGACAACAACAUCAGUGCCAACAACAAAUAUUCAUGAUCGUACAAGUUCUUCAUCGAAUGAAUCACCAUCAGUUGAUCGCGUACUUGAGCAAGCUGUAGAAUUACAAAAAAUGAGUAAUAUUAAUACAAUGAAAAAUGAUUCACAAACACCAGUUAUUAUUGAACGUACCGAAGAAUAUCAAGUAUUUUUAGAUUCAUCAAAUCAUGAAAUUCGUCGUACACCAAGUAUUUCACGUACGUCUAUUGUUAAUGUAACUAAAACUGGUUAUGCAACAGAUCUUGAUCAAGCACAAGCACAAGUUGAACGUCUUAGUGAUGAUCAUCAAGCUAUACAACAUUUAACACGUAUACUUCAAGAACAUAAUGUAACAACAAUUAAUGAAUAUAAACGUUUACCAUCACAAACAAAUCAAAAUCUUACAGCAAUAUCAACAGUACCAUCUGAUGUUCUUAAUGAUCGAACUAAUUUACCAAUAACAAGUGAAUAUACUGUUAUUGAUGCAUUAGUUAAUAAUCCUAUAGGAACAAUUGAUGGUAAAUAUCAUAAUUUAUUAAAUAAACGUUAUAAUGAUAUUCGAACAAAUUUACGAAAUCCAGAAUAUAUAAAUUCAUUAAAACAAUCAACAACAACAACAACAACAAAAAGUAAAGAAUCAAAAAAGAAAUCAAAAGAAAAAAAACCAAAAGAAAAAAAAUCUAAGAAAAAAUCAUUAUCAUCAUCAAAAACUGAUACUAUAGGACAAACAGCAGUUACAUCUCCUGUCAACACUCCCGAAUCAUUAUUAAAUCAAACAACAGAACCAAUUAUAACAACAGCAUUAGUCGAACAAACUCCAUUAAUUGAUCCAAAAGAAAAGAAAAAACAAGAUAAAGAAAAUAAGAAAGCAUCAAAAAAAAAAUCUAAACAAAAAUCAAAAAAUGAAGAUUAUCAAGUCGUUGAUGCCAUUAUCAGUAGUCCAAUAUCACUUCGUCUACCAGAUUCUUAUCUCGUCAAAUAUAAUGUUAAUCCGUCACGAUCUCUAUCAUCACCUCUUCAAUCUAAUCCAUCAUCAGUAACACCAAAUACAGUUGUAGUAACAACAACAACGACAGCAACACCAAAAGAUAAUACUAUUUCUGUAUCAGAAAAAAAUCAAACAUUGUAUCAUCUUGUAAAAAUUGUUAGUGAACUUCAAGCACAUCAUGCAGCUGCUUUAAAAUCUGCAUUAAAUACUGUACCAUCAAAAACGACUACAACAACAAUUGGUUCAAAAGCACCAAUCGUUCUAACUAAACAAUCAGUACCUGUUAUACAUGGAAUUGUUCAUCAACAACCUUUAUUAGAACAACAACAACAACGUCCAAUUAUUUCUUCUUCUCAUCAUAUUGAAACAAAUCUACAAUCUGAACCAGUUAAACCACGUGUUAUUUAUCGUUAUAUGGAUGAACAAGGACAUAUACUUAAAAUAUCAUCUGUACCACCAUCUGAAUUACGUGACCAACCAGCACAACAAUAUACAUCUUAUACUACAGAAUCACCAUAUCUUUAUGGUAGACAUAUUGCUACUGAUGACGAACGUCGUCAUCCAUUACCACAAUAUGAACAACAUGCUACAUGGCAAGGUGAACCUAAAUUACCAACAACUGUAACACGAGAAGAUUUAGAAUUACGUGAUAAACGUGUACCACAAUUAAGUGAACAAUAUAUACCAAAUGGACGAACAAUACCUGUUUUAAUUGAACAUGAACGUACAUUAAAACAUUCUUCUCAACCACCACCACCUCCACAACGAACAUAUCAUCAUCCAAAUCAACAAAAUGUUAAAUUAGCUUGGUUACCACUUUCAUAUCCAGCUGAUCAAGCUCUACCAACUGGUACGGCUGGUUAUGAUACAGAUUCAACAAUAAGUGACCGUUCAGCAGCACAUCGUGCAUAUGAUUAUGUACCAAUCGAUAGUCAAUAUCGUUAUUCUAAUCGACCAUUUUAUGAAGAUUAUCAUUAUAAUCGUUCGCCAGGUGCAACCUAUUAUCGACAGCCACCAUCAGUAUAUUGCAGUGGCCGUGGUAUGUCACCUGAAUAUGGUGGUUUAUCUCGUAAUUAUAUUGAAGUAUUUCGUGGUGGUGAUUUUCGUGAAACAAAACCAAGUGAAAUAUAUUCUUUACCAUUAACGGAACAAAUGCGAACAUCACCUAAUUAUCCUUCAAGUGGUCGUCAUUCACGUUAUGAUCAAUAUCAAUCAGAAAGAUAUGGUACAAUGUUAAAUCGUAAUAAUACAAUACCAUCAUCAUCAUCACAACAAAUGCAUUAUUAUAAUUCAUUACCAAAAACACGUUAUCAACCUAACAUUCCACCAUCAACUGUACAUGCAUCAUCUUAUUAUACACAUCGUAGUCCUUAUCAUCAUCGUACAGUUCAAAGUAGUCCAAAUCCAGAUUGUAAAAAUUAUGUUCGUCAUUCAAAAUCAUUUGAUUAUCGUCCAUUACGUACAAAACUUCAACGUGAAUAUAAAAUUACACCUAAUUUACUUGUUGAUGAAUGGGAUUAUCCACAAGCAACGGAUAAUAUUAAAUAUUCAACAACAACAACAGCAUCAACGACAAAUCGAAGUGGUGUUUCAUCACCAGAUGAUGUUUUUAUUAGUAAUCGAACAAAUCAGGCAUAG